UUAUCUGAAUCUGUACUUUGCAUUUUGCCUUUUUUUCAUUUUAGGAUACCAGUGAGAUGUAUAGUACAGCAUAUUAUAUAUAGUACAGAGUAUAUUAUUUUUCUAUUUGCUGGAUCUACCUCCAUUAUAAGCCAUCAUGUUCAAAAGGAAAAAGAAAGAUAAAAAACAACAUAAGGCUGGUAUGACAGAGGAUGAGCUUCAUAAGCUGGAUGAAGUUGCAGCUCGUCGUGGAUUUUUUAGUGGAUUGAAGAAGCAUGAUAAUGCAAAAAAAUCCGAUUGGUCUAGUUCAAAACACAAGAAUACAACAAAAGAUGGUGAUCAGGCCAGUAUUGCAAGUAGUCAAGGUUCUCCACAUAUGCAUAGUAAGAGUGCUUCAAGUCAUGGUACCGGUGAUGGGCAUGGACAAAAUGGAAAACAUGAUGAAGAAAAGACAAAGAAAAGUGUGUUAGAAAAAGCAGCAAUGUAUGGAGACCUUGUUUUAAAAAAUUCACAAUCUCAGUCUAACACACCAAUGCCAGCUCCAGCACGUCGAGUAAAACCUGCAAAUGACCAAUCAAAUCGUUAUUUCCAACAACCUGUUCCACCUGCACGCCGAAAAUCAGGAAAAUCGUCAAAUCACCCUCCUCCAGGUUACGAUGCUCCUCCUCGGUAUGAUAAACUCCCACCAGUCAGUAGUCGACAUCACCCCUCAAAAUCAUAUGUUAAUCCUGAGUCAUAUUUACCUGCGGUGUCUCCAGUAAGGAGUCCCCCUCCUGCUCCUGAGGAAGGCUAUCAAAUUCCAUCACCCUGGUUGACAAGCUCCACUUCUAGCAACUCCUAUUUUGCUGACAAUGAAGAGAACAAAACUGUUACCUAUGAUUAUCCAUCACCAGUCAAGAAGUCACCUAUGUUCAGUCCUCCAACGAGUAGCCACAAAGUGAAGCAAGUUGUUCUUCAUAAAAGAAAAUCUGGUGAUUUCGGAAUAUCUCUUCGUCGAUCUUCUAUGAUUGAGCAUUCUACUUCUGGAAGCAGCACAAAACGAACAGUAUAUUACGCUGAGCCAGGAAGCAGUAUGUUGAAAAGUGCUGAAGUUGCACCUGUGUGUCCUGGUGAUAGAUUGAUUGCUAUUGGAGAUCAGAAUGUUGAAGGUGCAUCUCGAGAAGAAAUUGUUGGAAUGAUUAAAUCUGCAAAAGAUCACAUCACAAUCACUGUACAAUCUAUUCCUGAAGCUGCAGAACCUGAUGCAAGGGCGAUGAAAUUACAAGAACAUUCAGAUCAAGUUCAUCAUGCAUCUAACAGAUCUUCAUCGGAAUAUUCGGAUGCAAAAAGCCACCAUGAAAAGACACUAACAGCAGAAAAGAUAACUGAGCUUGACUUUUCAUCGCCAAAACUUGAAACUACGUUGUCACCUGAACCUGUGUUUGAUGAGACCGAAUGGAAGGAAACUGAAAAAGUAUGGUUUGUGCGAGACAAUGGCUUCUCAGCUGCACAUCAAUUACAAUUUACCGGCGAUCCAGCAGCAAGUGGAUUGAAAGAUGGAAAAACAAGAAUCCGGUUACAUUUAUCUGGUGAAACAGUUACUGUUGAUGAAGAUAAAGUUGAAAAGGCUAAUUCAGAUGAAUGUGAUAGAUCGGAAGACAUAUCAUCGUUACGUUACUUGAACGAGUGUGGAGUACUUCAUACAUUACAACAACGCUACAAUGGCAAUCUAGUUCACACAUAUGCAGGACCUCAUCUCAUAUCGUUAUGUCCUACAUACAAUCAAUCCGCUGUAACAUCCGACAAGGCCAUGCAAAUGUUCAAAGGAUGUCGUCGAAGCGAUAUGCCUCCGCAUAUAUUUGCAGCUGCACAAACAGCAUAUUCUGAGAUGACAUCAACUGGUGCUGAUCAAUCCUUAUUAAUGACAGGACAUAGUGGUUCCGGAAAAUCUCAAAACAUCAGACAUGUACUGAAAUAUUUGACAACAAUAGCUGGAACAGUUAACAACCAAGUUACAGGUGACAAGUUAUCAGCAGUCACAACUCUAAUCGAAUCAUUCUCCGGUGCUAAAACUUCUCAGUGUGAUCAUGCUUCACGAGCUGUUAACCUUUAUACUUUGAACUUUGACCGGUCUGGUCAAGUAGGAAGUGCAUCUGUCCAGUGUAUGCUUGUGGAAGUAUCAAGAGUUGUUAGAAGACAAAAGAAUGAAGAAAAUUUCAGUGUUUUUUAUCAAUUAGUGGAAGGGGCUGAUGCUCAGUUAAGCCGAGAAUUAUUUAUUGUGGAAGAUGAGCAACGUGAAAAUAGUUUUCUGUUUGAUUCUGACGCUUCAUCGAAAACAGAAUUAUGGAAAGAAGAGAUGACGAAUGGAUUUAAAAAAUUGAAAUCUGCAAUGGACACUGUCGGUUUUACAACUGAUGAAACAAAGGCUAUUUUCAAUGUUCUUGCAGCGUGCUUGCAUCUCGGAACUGCAGGAUCACAAAAAAUUGGAGGAUCCAGAUAUCAAUUCUUGAAGCCUGAUGCUGCUCAAAAAGCAUCUUCUCUUCUUGGUUUUUCCAUCGAGAAUCUUGCUCGAGCUAUCUUCCAGCCAUCAUCCACUCCUCGUACACCUUCUUCUCCGUCUGUGUCUGGAAGGAAUCCUGCUUCUUUGCAAAGAACUCUGAGCUCUUCAUCCGCAUCUGGUGAUGAGCCUACUGGUUGUUCUGGACAAGAUAACCUGGAAGCAUUUAUAACUGGACUUUAUACGGAAGUGUUCAGACUUGUUAUAUCUGUUGUGAAUAGGUGUUUGUCUGUCUCAAACUUCAAUGCAAAAUCAUCUCUCAUUGUGGUCGAUACACCCGGUAUGCAAUGUUUCGAAUCGAACAAUGACAGUCGCACAACAUUUGCAUCUCUUGAAGAUUUAGCAUAUAAUUAUGUACAAGAACGUCUUCAACUACUUUUUCAUCAUAAUUCAUUCACAAGAUUGCAAGAACGUUAUGAACAGGAAAACGUUACCUGUGAUUUUGAACCAUUAGAAGGAGAUGUACACGCUGUUGCUGAUUCCAUAGAUCGACCUCCUUCUCAAUCUAGAGUCGGUGCAUCCAAUCUACUCACAGAUUCUAAAGGACUCUUAUGGUUGCUUGAUGAAGAAGCUUUAAUACCUGGGGCAACUGAAGAAAGCUUUAUCGAAAGAUUGUCUAUGUUUUUUGGUCAACCUGUUAAAAAUGGAUCACCUGUUAUGAAGAAAGGUCUCAAAAGAAAUCACUUCAUUCUGAAUCAUAUGAUGGGGAAUUGUCCAGUCGAGUAUGAUUCUUCCAACUGGUUGAAAUUUUGUAGAGAAAAUUCACUGACGAAAAUGACUGCGGAGGUUUUGCAAGAUUCAAAAAAGAAGUAUAUAAGCUUAACAAUUGGGGGACGGUCCUGUAGUGGAGGAACAUUUCAAGGAUCAGUCGUUGGACUCGACAACAUGGGACGUAGUCUUACUCUACGUCGAGGGCCAAGCAUGCGAAAAGUUUGGACAGGAUCUUCGAGCGCAUUGAAUGCCGCUGCAGUUGUUAAGAAAAAAUCACUUUCUAUGAUGAAAAAAUUACAAGUGGAUAGCCUGAUCGAUGCUCUGAAAAGAACAAAUGUUCAUUUCGUCUUCUGCUUAACGCCUCAUCGCACAUCGGUCAAAGGUCAAGAGAAUGUUAUUGAUGUCAAAUUGUUGACCAAUCAACUCAGAGGAUUUCAAUUAUUACCUGCUACCAGGGUUCAUAAGCAAGGUUAUCCCGAACACAUUGUAUUCUCUGAGUUUCGUCGUUGCUUCGAGGUGCUUUGCAAACAACUUGGUGGUACUAAGAGUGGAAUAUUGCCUCUACCAACUGGAAAUGGACCUCUCGAAUCAUUGGACGACAAGGCAGCCACAGAACAUAUACUGAAAACAUGUGAUAUCGAAAGGUCACAAUACAGACUUGGAAUAAGUCAGGUGCUAUUCCGUGCUGGUGUACUUGCACAAUUGGAAGAUAGAAGAAAUGAAAAAUUGACGUCAGUGAUUGUCGCAAUACAAUCACAAUGCAGAGGAUAUCUGGCAAGGAAAAUGUAUGAAAAAAGAAAGGUUCAAGUCGUGGCGAUCCGUUGCAUACAACGAAAUGUCAAGAAAUUUCUGGUGGUUCGUCAGUGGCCUUGGUGGAGAUUACUGACUAAAGUACUACCUUUGGUGGAGGUCCAUCGAACAGAAGAAGACCUAAGAGAGAAAGAGGCCGAACUUGAACUGAUCAAGGGCAGGUAUGAUAAAGUUGUUGCGGAACGAGAUGAAUUGAAGAAAGAGAAUGAAAAAUAUGAGGCCCAGUUCAACGAUGUUGUUGGUGAAUUAUCAGAAGAACAAGCUACUGCAACUCAUGCAUCUGAAAUGCUCGAACAGGAAACAAGAGAAAGAAUAAAACUCGAAAGAGAAGUCAAAGAACUACAACAACAUAACCACACUUUGAGGCAAAGAUGUGAGUCAGUUGAAGUCGAGCUUGCUGAACAGAGACUACUGCAUGCAACGGACCAUGACCGAUUAUCUGACAGCGAUGAUGAUGGAGAUGUGGCAGAAUACAAGAUGAGAUUUGAUAGAUUGCGGAGGGAAGCGGAAUUCAAGCAUAAAAAAGAAGUCCAGGAAUAUGAAGAAAAAGUGGAACAAGCUGAAGCAGACAAGAAACAUGCAGAAAAGAAGCUUCAUCAAAUCCAAGAAGACUUGGAAGAGCAAGAGAGACUCGUAAAUCAACAUAAACGUAAAGCACAGAGAACAUUGGCUGAACUUAAUGAUGCAAGGAUGCAUCUUGAAGAAACUAACACUAAACAUCACGAAUUGGAAAAAAAGCAACGAAAAUUCGACAGCGAAUUAUACGCAGUUCAAGCAGAAUUAACAGAAAUGAAAACAGCAAAAGAUAGAUUGCAACGGGAAAAAGAUCAACUUUCAGUCGAAGUUUAUACAAAGAAAAAUAUGCUAGAUGAAAACACUGGCGAUAUUGAAGUAUUGCAACACAAAAUUGAAAGACUUGAACAAGAGUUGGAAGAAACAACAGCUAAGGAUUCAGAAGAUGGUCAAAUGUUGAACAGCUUGAAAAAGCAGAGAAGAGAAUUAGAAGCAAAAUUGAAGGAUCAAGAAGAGGAAUUAGAUGAACAAGCAGGUCAAAUACAAAUGUUACAACAAGCUAAAGAAAGAUUGGAAAUGACCACUGAACGAACUCGUCAACAACAUUCUCGAGAAAUGGAUGGAAAAGAAGAGGAAUUAGAAGAAAUGAGAGUUUCAUACCAGAAAAAGAUCAAGCAUCUAGAAAACCAAUUAGAAGAGGAAGAAGAAGAAAGAUCUGCUGCUAUGAAAGGCAGAAGAGAAUUGGAACAACAACUCGCUGAGUUUAAAAACAAACAACCUUUUGCAAAACGAGAUGCAGAAGCUGAGAAAAGGUUGAGAAAAGAUUUGAAACGAUACAAAGCAUUGCUGGACGAUGCACAAACAAUGAUCGAUCAUUUGAAGACAGAUGCCGUCAAUAAACAACAAUUAAAACAAAUGAGAGCUCAGUUGGAAGAGUCGCAAUAUACUUGUUCAAAUGCAGUCAAAGCAAGAAAAGCAAUUGAACUUGAGCUUGAAGAUGUGCAGGCACAAUUGGAAGAAAUAUCAAAAGCAAAACAAGAGGCCGAAGCAAAGAUCAGCGUUUUGCAACGAGAAAAGAACGAACUUAAUUCUCGAAUAGAAGAAGAUGACGAUGAUGCAAAAGAACUUGCAAGAAAAUAUAAAAAUCUUGUCAACCAACAAUGUGAAGAUAGGAAAGAAAUUGUUGAACUUAAUUCACAAAUGGAUGAUCAUAAAAGAGAAAAAGAAAUGCUCAAUGAAAAGAUUUUAACUCUUCAAAGUCAGCUGGAAUACUUGCAAGAUAAUACGACAGAUAAAUCGAAUGUUAUGAGACUCGAAUCUAAAGUACGAGAUUUGGACACAAAAUUAGAUUUUGAGAAAACGUCAUCAAGAAGAUUAGAGGUGCAACUUGAAAGAUCUAAAGAUCAAGUAGACAAACUACAGAGUGAGAGGGAUUCACAGGCUGCAAGUGAACAUAGAGAGAAAGAACAAUGUAAAAGACUUCAGAAACAAUUACGAGAUGCUAAAGAUGAACAAUCUGAUAUUCUGAAACGGGAGCAAGAGGCUUUGCAGAAACAACAUGAAUUGGAACUUGAAGUCAUGGAAUACGUGAAUCAAAAUGAAAGUUUACAAGCUGAUUUGAAACUUGCAUUCAAGAGGAUAUCAGAUUUACAGAUUGCGUUCGAAGACUUAGAAGAUUCUGACAUGGAGGGAUUCUCGGGAUCUGACAAUUCAGACUCUGAUUCAGAUGAUGGUGGGGGAAGUAGGAUAUCCUCCUCCUGGAAAAAAAAUAGAGUACCAAGAUCCAGAGUCGCAGGAGGAUCAGUGUCAACAUCAUCCGUAUUAUCCAGUAAACAUAGCAUCGCUUCAGAGGAUGAUUUUGCAUACAGAAGAAGAAAACGAGCUCCUUCACCAGAUGAAAGUAAGUUUUCUGACAGCAGCACGUCCACCGUUCGAAGUUUCGAAAAAGAAACAGAAAAGGAGAGAAAAGAAAGAGCUAGAAAGACAAGGAAAAAGCUUUUGAAGGAGUUGAAAUACGUUAAAACGAAUGGUGAAUCGCCCAAAGAUUUUUCAGACAUUCUAUCACACCGAACAGCUUCUGUAGUUGGCGGAGCUGUCAGUAUUGCAGAAGACUUCGCAAAAGAGUCAGAUAUGAGCGGGCGUUCCACUGUCAUGAGCAAAAUGAGUUUCGGCUUCACUGCUGGUGUAAAAGACACCAUGUCACUCUGUGGGGAUUUAGCUAAUGACGACAUAGACUUUGAUUCUGUCAGCAUGCCUGAUAUGUCUGCAAGACCAAGUUCUGCAAUGGGAACUGGAGGAAAAUAUGAAUCAGGAACGAAAAGCAGAAUAUUGUCCAGAGUUGGUAAAGCCGGAGGCAGGAAUGCAAUUAAAUUAGAGUUGGAUAGAAUGAGUAAAACAUUAGCUGAUGAAGAUCCAUCUGUCUUAUUGUAUUCAAGCCCCGCAGAUAUUUCAGGCAAAUUGGGCCUUGGAAAAACAAGAUCAUUUCGAGCUCUGAAUGAAAAUAUAAUGGCGGUGAAAUCAAGACAAAAUCUUCCAGAAAAACAGAAAAAGAAAUUAGCGAUUGUUGAUAAAGUCAACAGUGACAUCUCAACAAUGAAAGAAGAUCUCACAUUAGAAAAAAUAUCUGGCCGAAGAAGCAUUGAUUUCGCUAAACGCCGUGAAUCGAGGGAGUCAUUUGGAAGCAGCGGCGAGCAAGAUGACGCUUGUUCAUUAUUCAGCACUUCAAGCGGAUCGUCUAAAAUUUCUGCAGAAUCCUUAUCAACCCGAAAUCGGAAUUUCAGUGUGCAGUCAGAAGCAGCUAUGGGCAGAGUUUCAAUGGGCAAUUCAUAUAUGGAUUAUGCUGGCGAUAAUCAACUCGAUGAUUAUAAUAACGUUGACACACUUACAAGAGGUCGUCCAUCCUCUAGAAACUUCUCAAGAACUGAUGCCGAUUUGUCUGAAAUUCAGGUUCCUCGGAGAAGCAGAUUUUUGAAAGAUUUUAAUUUUGGCACAAGCAGUCAAGUAGAUGUGAGAUCUGCAAAUUCAAAAAUAAGACAGAAGUCGAGGAAUUUUAAUAAUGAUGAAGAUUCUUACUAUACGGAUGGGGAAUAUACCAUCCCUACUCGCAUUGAUCGACGAAGAACAACCUCGGCAUCACAUGGAUUCGAUCAAAACGAUUUCUCUGGAUCAAUUUCAAAUUUAAGGCUGUCUCGAAAAACAGGAAACUUCGAUUUUGAUUCAUGGUCUGAUUUAGACGAAGAUUAUAGCAAAAGUUCUCCGAUUCGAACCUCUUCAAGAAUGUCUGGUAGAAAUCCACAAUCUGCGAAACGAAUCUCUCCACGUGAUGUGUCAAAAUACCUUGGGUCUGUCAUAGGUAGCCGCUCAUCAGGAUCUUGGGAAAGCGACAAUCGCUCAAAUAAUAGUUUCGAUGACGACGAUGUUAGUUUGUCACAAUAUGGUAUUGACGAUAACAAUUUUGAUCAUUCAGAUAUCCAGCCUACACGACAAACUAGCAGACAAUCAUUUAGUCAACAGAAGAUAGUUGGUACCAGAAGCAACCAUGGCAUGAAUAUGAUGCCACACAUGCUAAAUGUCAGACCAAACAGUAAAUCUGGUCAACGAUUUGAUUAUGAAGAUGUUGGAUCCCCUCACGAACGAGGUCGCUCAGUUUCUCGCACAGGCAGAGAUAAUUUUCGGUCCGCAUCAGCUGCUUCAUUUCAACAACGUGGCAUGUCAGUAGAUGCUCGCUCACAACAAUCAGCUGCUGUUAGAACAAGAAGUUCGUCAAGGUCUGGAACUCGAAGUCGCAUGCAAGAGCGCACGGCACCUGACACUACAACUCUUGAUGAUAGUGACAUCAGUAUUGAUAGCAUCAUCAGCAAAUAUCUAUAUAAAACAUGAUGGCACUUUACAUGGAUGUGCAUUUCUUUUUAGCAAAAUCUCUAUCUGUUGUACAUAUUACUUUCUUUCUUUCUUUGUCUUUCUGCAGCCUUUGUAUGUAAAUUUCCUGUUUACUAUCAUGAUCUUCUAUCUCCUAACUUCUUAUUUAACAAAAGAUCAAGAAAAUAUUCUGACAGCUCGGAUAAAUCGUCAGAGCAUUCCGCUGUUGUCGCACCUACUUUCACUAAGCAUGAUUCAGAUGAAGAUAUUUAACCAUGAAAAACUAUGAACUUUUCAAAUUAUAUUCCUUCUGUCAAGCAUGAGUUUAGGGUAUUUGAUUGCGUAACCAUGCUCAGCUGUGUAUGUUCAAAACGUAUCAACCUGAAUUUUCUUUUUUGCUCAUCUAAAUAUAAGCGUAACAUCUUAUUUAUCAAAAAUCUUUCUAAAAAUUUAAUUGAAAUUUAUUCAUAUUAUUAUUACUUUCUAACGUCACCAUAGAUGAUUUUAACAUGAUUUUCUCAUGAAUCUAUUGUUUGUGUUUGCUAGAAUUUUAUACAAAAUAUUUUGAUUUUACUUUUUUGUCAGUGAUAUUAUUUUUGUGCUUUGGCAAUGGAGUUUCUCGAAAUUCGUAUAACUGUUAUUAAAUAAUUUUUCAUAGUAUAGAUACGUGACUAAAAUACAGCAUCAAUUUGGCUGGUAAAAUGAAUGCUUCUGCCUUAAAACGUAUUAUCAGCUUCAUGAAAACAGUAUCAACUAUUCAUAAAUUAACUGUUUUUUGUUUUAAACAAAUCAUUUGUGUAUAUGCACGUACCGUAAAUUUUAUUUUUUCAUAGUUCGGGGUGAAAAAGUUCUCUGAUUUUGGCACACCGGCUUAGAAGACGCACAAUCGAUUUUAGAUAAAAUUGAAUUUUUGAAGUGCACCUUAUUUAUGGUCCUUAAAAUACGGUGCUUUGAUGACAUUGUUGUCCAAUGCAAUUAUACCAAUCACAUAAACUUCAUAGUGGAUUUUAUUUUAUAGGUUAUUCUUGCCUUAUUCUUUAAAAUUAGUGAUGUGUGAUCAGUCUACUUUGAAUUUAGAUGAAAUAUUAAAAUUGUGGUUUGGAUGAUUAGUAGUUUUUAAAUUUUACACAUAAUCAUAAAUUUUUGAACUUUGUCAAGAUUUUUCAAUAAAUCUACUCUAUUGUAUCAUUGCAUCUUGAUAUUGUUGCAGAACUUGUAAUAUCACUCCAUGGUGACUAUUGGUUUUUAUUUGCUUCAAUGAAUUAAACUUUACGUUAGGCC